AAAAAAUUCAGAUUUUAGGCAAUAUAAAGGGAAUGACAGUGACAGUAUUUUUGUCAUUUGGCAACCCUAGACGUGGCACCACGUAGACAUUUGACAGUGAAAGUCGUGAUUAACUUCGUGCCCGUUCGGCUGUGUUUUCGCCGCUACAUCGGCUAAGUUCGUCACUCUGCUAGUUUCACUCGAUCGCGACGGUUGUGCGUGUACCGAUUCCCCCCGACUUCCGAUUGUUCCGAUUUCCGCGCUAUAUAGCCGUCAAGAUGAGACACCUCAUGUUCCUGAUGCUGAUGGUUCUGCCCAUCGUAAUUACAACUUUCUCAGCGCCCAACAAGUUUGGAGCCUAUGCCGCUGAGGCCGUUGAGGAUGAUCUGGUGGAUGUGGACAGCGAGGAGGGUGCUGUGACUGGCGAGGAUGCGGAGGCGGACGAGGAUACUGAUUCUGGUAGCAGCAGCUCCCCCAAUGCCGACACAUAUCUACUGUUCACGAAGCCACUGUACACUCCCGGCCAGCAGCUGGAUCUGCCCGGCGGCAAGCCCGUCGAGUUCCUCAUCGGUUUCACCAACAAGGGCGCCGAGGAGUUUGUCAUCGAGACCGUCGAGGCCUCGUUCCGCUAUCCCAUGGACUUCAACUACUUCAUCCAGAACUUCUCCGCAGUGGCCUAUAACCGUGAGGUCAAGCCCGGAUUCGAAUCGACUGUGUCGUACACUUUCCUGCCCUCCGAUCAGUUUGCUGGACGUCCUUUUGGUCUCAACAUUGCUCUGGCUUACCGUGAUGCCAAUGGCAUUCAGUACAACGAGGCUGUCUUCAACGAGACCGUUCUGAUUUCCGAGGUCGAUGAGGGACUCGAUGGCGAGACCUUCUUCCUGUACGUCCUGCUGGCGGGCAUUGUCGUCCUUCUCCUGGUGAUCGGCCAGCAGUAUCUGCUGGGUAGCUCUGGCAAGCGCAAGCGCGCCGCCGCCAAGAAGGUCAUCGAGACUGGAACCGCCAACGACAGCACCAUCGACUAUGACUGGGUGCCCCAGGAAACGCUCCGUGCUCUGCAGAAAUCUCCUCCAAAGUCGAAGACGCCCAAGACCUCGCCAAAGCCCGGCAAGCAGGCCAGUCCCAAGGCUGCCAGCCAACAGAGCCCCAAGCAGCGCAAGGUCAAGCGAUCGGCUGGCGAUGAUUAGGAUGGAUCCACCUGGAGGUCAUCUCAAGACUGCACAUCCCAGCAAGCUAAUACAACAAUACAAUACCAACACCACCAACAACAGGAGCAGCAGCAGAAGAAGCAGUAGCAGUAGCCAAUGAAGAUGAAAAAAAAAAACAAAACCCAACACAGAAAAUCCAUUUAUUUUCAUCCUGUAGGGAGAGCAAGCAUACAGUUUCGUAAUUAAUUAGUUUGUAUAUCAUGUUCGAUUCAUUUCCUAGAAGUACUAAUCAUAAUUUUUUUUUUUCGUCUAUUGCGAGAUUGUUAGUCUUUAACUAAAAAAAAAAUACUGUUUCCGCAAUUUUUGUUUAGAGCUCUACAAAAAAAAAAAAAGAAAAGAAAAUUUUAUUUCGAAAAAAAAAACAUACCAUCCAAUGCACAUACUCCAAAACAAAACAAAAAAACUAUAAAAAAAUAACAUAAAAAAUAUUGUAAUCUAUAGAAAUUUGAUGUAAAAAAAAUAGUCUUCGUUUGUUGAAGACUCGAAAACACUAAUUAUGAAGAACAAGUGGCGAGAAAUCGCUCUCAGAAGAACCGGGGAAAUAAUGCAAAAAUAAUGAAAUUAUCAAAUGGAUAAGCGAGAUUUAUUAAUUGAAAUGUAAGACAAAAGAGAACCACCCUUUCAUGUGUACUAUAAAAAUUAAUUAGUCCUAUUAUUACAAAUCAAUUUAUUUUCCAUUAUUGUUGUUUUAUUUUUGAGUUUUAUUUUUCAUUCCCAUUUGAUUCUGAUUUUGAUCGUCAUUCGUCUUUUUCUGUGAGAAAUGAAAUGAAAUGAAAGGAUGUUGGAAAAAAAGUGUGUUCUUUUUUUUUUUUUAGCUAGAAAAGUCGCAGGAAGUCGACCGAUGAAUAAGGAGAAAUUUUCAUACGAAAAAAAAAAUAAAAAGAUGUAAAAAAAAGUA